AUGUCCAGCAGCAUGCGCAUAUCCAACUCUGCCUGGCGAAUAGUAUCUCGGGCCAGCUCCUCAAGGCCCAUCCUGUGCACAUCGGGACAUCAUGCACCUCUCCCUCGUCCUUCUCAUCUGAUCCUCGCUCAACGAACCGCAACGAGCACGUCUGAACCUCCUUCAUCUACUGAUCCUUCGUUCGCCAAAGCAUUAAGAUUAUUAGAAGACGGUACACGGCUGAUAGAGUCUGGCGAUGUCCAAGGCGCUCUGGAGAAAUACAAAGAGAGCGUGAAUGUGAAAGAGACAAGUGGAGGGUAUUUCAACCUCGGGGUUUGCGAGUAUACCCAGAACAAUCACCCAGGAGCUAUUAAAGCUUGGGAGAGGUCUAUAGCUUUGACACCCUCAGCAGAUGCUUAUACCAACUUGGCUUCCGCAUAUAUCAUGAUGAAGCCGCCUCAAGCUGCAUUGGCCAUAAAGCACUUGACGUCUGCACUGGAACUGACACCUGAUGACCCCGAGGUUGCUUUUAACCUUGCUGCUAUCCUUGAAUCGACUGGAAACCUCGAAGCCUCGUUGAAGAUGUACGAACGAGCAGAAAAGGGAGGAAUCGAACGUGCAGGCCAGAAUAUUCGAAGUGUCAGUGCAAAGAUCCUGGCUGGGUCUGGAAGCGCGCAGGCCUGA